UCUCGCGCUCUCUCUCUCUCCGUCUCUCGAUGUCCGUCUUUGACGAAGGCACCAGGCACGUUUGAAACUCUGGUUCCCUCUCGCUCUCUGUCUCAAUGUCCGGCUUGGACGAAGGCGCGUUUGAAACUCUGGUUCCCUCUCGCUUCAUCACUUUCACCUUCCCGAACCCAUUCGCCUCCGCCGCCGAUCGCCCCCGUAGCCGCCACCACCUCCACACCCCACUCCUCCGCGUCGCCGUCCUCGACUCCCCCGCCCAACCCCCACCCGACCCCGCCGUCUCCGCCGCCAUCCUCGUCCCCGCCGGCCGCGAAACCGACUGGAUUUUCUCCACCGUCUCCGGCCACCUCCAACUCCUCCUCAACUCUCCCCACAUUUCCCGCCUCAUCCUCGUCGGCAACCUUCCUUCCCACCCCCACCCUUCUCCCUUUACUCGCCCAAUUCCCAUCGAUUCCGCUCAGCUCUCCGAAUUCGAAAAAGGCGUAACCCCUCUGUUGCUCGCGCUCUCCCCCAAAUCGGCUUUCGCCAAUGGUUUGCCGGAAAUUGGAUUUCUAUGUUACGAAGACGAUGUCGUUCGCAGCGUGAUCGUGGAGACCUGCGUUGGGGGUUUUGUCGGGGAAAUGUUGAUCGAGGAUGUUGAAUUGGAAAUUGACGGUGAGUCUGAGUUUCGGAGGAGAUUGAGGUUUAAGCGGAUGCCGAAUUUGGUUCAGACACAGAUAAGGAUUCUCCCCGGUGGGGAUACUGAUUUAGGGUUUUUGGUCCAUCCUUACUUGACUCCAAUGGUGGCCGGUCUUAAAUUGGUCAGUUCACAUCUAGAAGGGAGAAUUCGGGCCGGGUUUAAGCCGAAUGCGUUGUGCUUGGGAGUUGGAGGUGGAGCUUUGCUUUCGUUCUUGAAUAUCCAAUUAGGGUUUGAUGUCACUGGGAUGGAGGUGGAUGAGGUGGUUGUGAGUGUUGCAAGAAGGCGCUUUGGGUUACCCGAAAAUCCGUUUAUCCGAGUGUGGACUGGAGAUGGGAUUAAAUUGAUAGAGGAACUCGCAGCACAACCCUGCAACUCUGAAUCUGAUGGUAGAUUUGAUGUGAUUAUGGUUGACUUGGAUUCAAAUGAUGAGGGGAUGGGAACGAUGGCUCCAUCGAUGGAGUUUGUUCAGAAGCCUGUUCUUCUUGCUGCUAGAACCCUGCUUCGUGAGCCCGGAAUGCUUGUGAUCAAUGUGAUUCCUCCAAGCAGGUCAUUCUAUGAGAAAUUGGUGCUUGAAUUUCGGCAGGUUUUCCAGGAGUUGUACGAGAUAGAUGUUGGAAAUGCAGAGAAUUUUGUUCUUGUUGCAGUAACAACACCGGUUGGGAUGGCAUCUACUGAAUCUGACUCUGCUUUUGUUACAAGGUUGAAGCAGGUUAUUUCAGGAGCAUACAUGGAUUGCAUAAGGAAAAUUUGAGGGUUGAAUUGUCUGUAAACUGACAAAAAUGCUUUCUCUGUUCCUUGGAUAAAAAGAAAAACAGCUGUUAGUGUAGUCUGAAAUGUUGGCUGAGAAGCCUGAGUUCAUAAAAUUCCUUCCAAUCUGAAGUGACAAUGGAAGAUCAAAAACUGGUGCAAUUCUUAUUCUUUCAAGCAUGGUGCUGAGUUGGGGUGCAGAAUCAUAAUCAGUCAUUAACUUUCUGAAGUUAGUUCUGGGUUGCUUUCUUUUAUGUGGAUGGCAAAUUCCAUACUUUGAGCCAAGUCGUGUAAGUUCAUUCAAUUGGUUUGGAUGGCUGUAACCAUGCAAUUUUCAGUGUCUUUGGAAUUGGUGAAGGGAGUUACCCCCACGUCAUACCCUUUUUCCUUCUUAGAUAUUUUUUUUUUAA